AUGAAAAAAGUACAUGUUUUUUUCAUAUGUACAAAAAGAGUGAAAAAAGUACUCAUAAAAUUUUUAACGGUGCAAAUUUUGAAUGAAAAAAGUACAAAGGGAAAAAACAGAGGGAAAAAGUACAUUGACUUUUUAUAUGAAAAUACUAAUUUUUUAAAUAUGUUUACCUUAAAAUGAGAAGAACGCAUCAAUUUAAUUUUGCUGCAUAUAUUAAUUCUCAUUCCACCCCCUUUAAAUUGAACAAAUAUAGGUAAAAUUUUCAUUUUUUUUGGUAAAUUAACUCCUUCAAUUGAAACAAAAUUUAAUUUUAUAAUAAAAAAUUAUAUAUAA